AUGAUGCCCCUGGAGCGCCGCAACGAGCCCCAGAUGCUCAGGAGCUUCUGGAGGAAGUAUCCCAGCUACAACCUCAACCCGCUGCUCCACAAGCGCUACAACGAGCUCCUGGAGGCCCGGGCCUUCAACAAGUGGCUGGACGAGCGCAGGACGCGCCAGGAGGGCGAGGAGUACACGGACGCCGUGGGGCGCCUCACGGAGGCCGUCAACCGCAGGGUGCCCCAGCUGCGCUACGCGCCCGCCGAAAGGUCGGGGGUGCGGCGGGUGGCCCGGGACGUCGCCGCCGGCCGCAACACGACGGUCCUGGGCUACAUCGAGGAAGGGGAGCCUCUGGCCCUGGGCCUCCCGAACCGGAAUGCGAGCGUCUACAUGAGCUCGCACUUCCGCCUGGACGACUUCCCGGCGUCCAGCGAGCCUCUGAGCGACGAGCCGCUCCCACACACCCACGUCAACCCCGCGGAGGCCUUCGAGGACGCCCGGGACGAGGGCUACCGGGGAGAGCCCUUCCCGCGGAGGGACUUCCUGCCCCCCAGGGGCGGACCCCGGGCAGGCCCUGAGGCAGGACGGCCUGGCGCCGCCGCCGGCGCCGAGCCUCUCGGACCGCCUGCUGGGAGGGCGGACUACAAGCUCGCAACGAGCAACGUGAACUACGUUCAAAGCAGAAGAGACGUGCAAUACUUCCCGAGCUCCCUGAGCACCUUCACGCCGACCACCAGCCGCGUGGCCAGGAUCCCUCUCACCAGCGGCAUGGAUUUCAUCGACCCUGAGAGCGUGAAGAUCGCCUUCCGGGUGGCCGCCAUCCCGCCGCCGCCCGACCUGGUCUCGAGCGCCAUCGCCACCGCCUUGGUGGGCUACGCCACCACCGGCGACCUGCUGAAUUACGCGCCCAUCAUCAACGAGAUCAACAUCGCCCUCACGGACUACUGGACGCAGACGGAGACCAGCACCGAGAUCGCGAACCAAAUCGCGGCGGCGGGGCACCUCACGCAGGCCCAGGGCGACGCAAGGUACUUUCCGACCAACGCCGCGCCCGACGGCGGGGGCGCAUAUGCGCUCAUGCUCGACAUCUUCACGCCCCGCAUGCUCAGAAAUUUGCUGCCGAGGGCGCCCCUGAGCAUCACGCCGCUCUUCACCAACGGGCGCACCCUGGAGCUCGAGGUGGACUGCUACUCCAAGAGCGAGUCCGACUCCAGGUACUUCCCGGUGAACGCGGCCCCGGACGGCGGGGGAGGCUUCGCCCUCAUGGUCGACACCCAGACGCCGCGGCUCAUUCGGAGCAUCAUACCCCGGGCGCCGCUCAACGUGACCGUGGCGGGGGGCAACGGAGGCACCCUGGACAUACAGUGUGACGCCUACUCCAAGUCGGAGGCGGACAACCGCUACUUCUCGGUGAAUGCGGCUCCCGACGGCGGGGGCGCCUACUCGCUCAUGCUGGACAUCUUCACGCCCCGCAUGAUGCGGGCCAUCCUGCCCAGGGCUCCGCUCAGCGCCAUCGACACCAGGGUGACGGCGCUCGAAGGAGGCAGCGGCGUGCCGGCCAACAUCAGUUGCACCAGCCUUACCGCGAGUAGUUUCGUGAACACGCUGAAUUUCACGGCCACGGGCAACACCACGGGGGUGGACGCCCUCUUCACGGUGGACGUGCAGACGCCGCUAUUGCGCGCCGUCGCCGCGGACGGCUACCUGCACCUCGGGGGCGGGACCGUGGGCACGCAGAUCCUGGACAGCGCGGCCGCCGUGGUCGCGGAACUGACCAGCACCAACAUCGCCCUGGAGCAGGACGUGGCGGUGGCCCAGACCAAGACUCUGACCUGCGCCAGCAUCGCGACCACAUCCGGCGUGGCCAACCUGGCGGUGCAGGGCGGCACGCAGGGCAUCGUCUGCACCUCCAAGGGCCUGAACGUCACCGAAGCCUUUCCGCUCUCGGCCAUCCCCACAGACGGCACCGUGGCCGUCAGGGUGGAGAACACGGCCCCCACGGGCUUCGCGGCGCUCGAGAUGAGCUCCAACGGGGGCGCGGGCUUCGCCACGCUGGACGUCGCCGCGGUGGGCGGCUCCACCCUCUACGCGCCCAACCAGACCAUCACCCUGAUGACGGUGCCGGGCAGUCCCAGCUUCGUGGUGAACGCCGACGGCACCAUGCACCAUCAUUACAGCCUCACGGGCACCUCGGACGUCCGGCUCAAGGCCAACGUGCUGCAGACGCCCCAGGCGGAGCUGCAGGCCGUCUUCGACGCCGUCGAGGUCAAGUGCUUCGACAGGGUGGACGUGGGCACGCACGAGAUGGGCUUCGUGGCCGACGACGUGGAGGCGGCCUGCACGCCCGAGCUGGCGGGGUGCCUGGUGGGGAGCUUCCACAGCUGGCACCUGGACGACCAGGCCAAGACGCUCUGCUACCAGAGGAUGAUCUGCGUGCUCUGGGGCGCCGUCAAGGGCCUGCAGGCUCGGGUGGAGGCGCUGGAGGCCGCGUGA